CCGCCGCCGCCCAGAGCCAUGGCCGAAAACGCCGGCUUGGAGAACCACCGCAUCAAGAGCUUCAAGAACAAGGGCCGCGAUGUGGAGACUAUGAGAAGACACAGAAAUGAGGUGACAAUUGAACUACGGAAGAACAAGAGAGAUGAACAUCUAUUGAAAAAGAGGAAUGUCCCUCAAGAAGAAAGUUUAGAAGAUUCUGAUGUUGAUGCUGAUUUCAAAGCACAAAAUGUAACACUAGAAGCUAUAUUGCAGAACGCCACAAGUGACAACCCAGUGAUCCAGUUGAGUGCUGUCCAAGCUGCAAGAAAACUAUUAUCCAGCGACAGAAAUCCCCCCAUUGAUGAUUUAAUAAAAUCUGGCAUUUUACCAAUCUUAGUGAAAUGCCUAGAAAGGGAUGAUAACCCUUCAUUACAGUUUGAAGCCGCAUGGGCACUGACUAACAUAGCAUCAGGCACUUCUGCACAGACUCAAGCUGUGGUACAGUCUAAUGCAGUACCUCUUUUUUUGCGACUUCUCCGUUCACCGCAUCAGAAUGUCUGUGAGCAAGCAGUAUGGGCCCUGGGAAAUAUUAUAGGUGAUGGUCCUCAAUGUAGAGAUUAUGUCAUAUCACUGGGAGUUGUCAAACCUCUUCUGUCCUUCAUCAAUCCCUCCAUUCCCAUCACCUUUCUUCGGAACGUCACAUGGGUCAUUGUAAAUCUCUGCAGGAAUAAGGACCCCCCACCGCCUAUGGAGACAGUUCAGGAGAUUUUACCAGCAUUAUGUGUCCUCAUAUAUCACACAGACAUAAAUAUUCUUGUGGACACCGUUUGGGCUCUGUCAUACCUAACAGAUGGAGGAAAUGAACAAAUACAGAUGGUGAUUGAUUCAGGAGUUGUACCUUUUCUUGUGCCCCUUCUAAGCCAUCAGGAGGUUAAAGUUCAAACAGCAGCUCUGAGAGCAGUGGGCAACAUAGUCACUGGUACAGAUGAACAGACACAGGUUGUUCUCAACUGUGAUGUUCUGUCUCACUUCCCUAAUCUCCUGACACAUCCAAAAGAGAAGAUCAAUAAGGAGGCAGUUUGGUUCCUUUCCAACAUCACAGCAGGAAACCAGCAACAAGUCCAAGCAGUAAUAGAGGCUGGACUAAUCCCUAUGAUCAUACACCAGCUGGCUAAGGGGGACUUUGGGACCCAGAAAGAAGCUGCUUGGGCAAUUAGCAACUUAACAAUAAGUGGCAGAAAAGAUCAGGUUGAAUACCUUGUUCACCAAAAUGUCAUACCACCUUUCUGCAAUUUACUGUCAGUAAAAGACUCACAGGUGGUUCAGGUGGUUCUGGAUGGUCUGAAAAACAUUCUGAUAAUGGCUGGGGACGAGGCUAGCACAAUAGCCGAAAUAAUAGAAGAAUGUGGAGGCUUGGAGAAAAUUGAAGCUUUACAACAGCACGAGAAUGAGGACAUUUAUAAACUAGCUUUUGAAAUCAUAGAUCAGUAUUUCUCUGGUGAUGACAUCGAUGAAGAUCCUAGCCUCAUCCCUGAAGCUACUCAAGGAGGUACUUACAAUUUUGAUCCCACGGCCAACCUUCAAACAAAAGAAUUUAAUUUUUAAAUGAAUAGAGUGCAGCUUCUCUUCCACACCAAUACGAAGCACCACCAGAUGGCUACCAAGUGAAAAACCAACAAAAGGCUCCCAAGACACACACAUGCCUCCUCGUUUUGAUGCUUCUAAAGCAAGCCAUGUAUCGGUCACUUUGCAGUUGCCAAAAGUCACUCUCACAUGGACUGUAAAUGCAUAUGCAUGAUUUCUUAAACUGUUUUAGAAUUCUCCUAACAGUCCCAAUUUACCCUUCUCCCUCUUACCCCCACCCUCUCCCCAUCUUUCCCCCGGUGCCACAUGCUGACAACCGCGAUCUGCAGUUUUGUUAAGAAUAUUCCAUAGUGGUGGCACAUCGGCUUUCCACAGAUAAGUAGCUUUGAAAAAAAAAAAAAAAUGGCGCGCUGUGGAUCAAGACACUUUGGUAUGAUGCAUACUUUUUGGGAAGACUUUACAGGGGCACAGUCUGGUCUGAGCCUUCAUCAUCGUCCUCCACAAACAUAUUUUCAUAGACUUUAUGUGGAAGAAUAGAUUUUAAAAUGCAAGCCAAAUGAAUUUCAUUGGUGAGACUGAAAAAGAGUAACUUUACAAAAGAAAACUCGGUUAUUGAUUUAACAAUUAUGCUUAAAAAAACCCCACAAACCAUACUUCAUCUAUCAAUAAUUGAUGUGUUCAUUAACUGCCUCAGAAGCCAGGGUUGGAGAAUGAACCUUAGAUUUGGACCGGUAACGCUUUUGCCAUUAUACCUAAUUUUUGAGAACAGCGAGCCCUAUUUGACCACUCACUUCAGCCUGUGUGUUCCUGCUGUUUUGAAGUAAUCAAAUGCUGUGCAUGGUAUUUUACCUGAGCUGCAACCUGUAAUGGACUUGAACUUCUGUUUAAGCUGAAAGCAAGAGUCCCUGACUGUAAAGGAAAAAUGAAGUCUACAAUACUUAUUGGUAACAAGAACCUUGCUUUCAACUUUCAGUAGUCAAUAUAUUUUUGUUUUAAAUUGAUAAUUGGAUAUGGUUGAUUUCUAUUGGGUUUAAACUGUGGAGCUUUCAUGUUUACUGUAAUUUAGUCUUAAAACUAUUUUUUACUUAGUAACCAGUGCUUUUGAUAAUGUGGUUGGCAACAAACCAGCAUCAAUUUAGGAGUGUCAUAAAAGCUUCAUUCUUUGAAUUGAACCUACUCUAAAACCAGACGUUAAAAAAAAAAAUACAGACAAUUUGAUGUGUGAGGCUGUAUAGAAGCUGCAGUUAUUCAGCCUAAACCGGAUUUGCAGCACAUAUUUUAAGUAGUUCUGCAUAAUCUGGGGUUAUGAUGUGAGGUUACUGCUUUUGGUAAUUGUCUGGCCCAGUUAUUUACAAAGGGAUAUGGAUGGUAUUGCUGGAGUGGAAAUGGAUAAUUUGAGACUCUAACUUAUCACACAAACUGGUUUUGUUGCUGUUGUUUACUGGGUGUAAUUUCCCAAUGCAUUGAUGUGAAGGGAAUAGAAAAUCUAAACUAAUUUAGUUAUCAGAUGUGGGGUGUAUUUACUGUGAUGAAGAUAAGGACAGAUGCCAUCAGAGCUUUGUGGAUCAGCUGGGUUUUUUUCACUGAUGAACAACACAUAGCAGGUGUGCAUUCAUUAAAAAAAUAUAUAUAUCUGCCAAGGUGGAGCCACUUUAAAGAGUGAGUUUUGUCUUGUAUCCUAAGUGGAUACAAGCGUAUGUUUAAACUGCAAGAUUUUUACUUGCUAGAGAAUCUGUUUUAAUAUAGUGGUUUGGCCUCUGAUUAUUUAUAGGUUUUAUAAAUUUUAGAAUCAAUUUCUCUUUAAGGUGGCUCAGAUUUUUCAACUCUUGUGCACAUAAAAUUGAGUUGAAGUUCAUUGUGCCUUUUUUAUUUCUUUCCCCAAAAGUUGAGUUGAAGCUUCAUAUGGUAACUGCAUCCUAUUCACAAACUGUCGUCUCAAAUCUUGAAACUGUGGUGUUUGCUAAAACUAGACAAUUUAAGGUCAAAGCUAGUUAAGGUCACAAAGUGCUGAAAUUUAAAAGUCCAGAUCCAUCUAUCCGAUAUUGUGAACAGAAACCCUUUUCCCACGUCCACUUAGUUUUUCAGCCCACCAUUUAGACUGACAGUUUCCCUAGUGAUUUUGCACAUGUGGAGAUUCCAUUGAAAUUAACAUUUUUUUCCAAUACUGUGAAGAUUCAGGUUUUUACCUUGCACGCAAAGUACAAACUGAUAUUUAAGUGAGCAGCAGAGUCACGUUGAGCAAGACCGUGCAGUUGCUUGAUUCUCUUGUUUGUGACCUUACCAGUUUUGGAUUGGGAUCGCACCAUUUCAUAGUUUAAGGAAACAGUAUAUUGCUGCACUUUUAAGUUUUCAGAACAGUGUUUAAAAUUGCAUUGUUUUUUAUUAUUUUUUUAGAACUAUCAGUUAAAAUAGACUAAAAGGUUCUUUCAAAAGAGGCAUCUAAAUGUGUUCCUAAUUUUGUAUAUGGGCUUAGGUUUUGUAACCAAUAAAAAGCUGCUAUCAAAUAUUACAACACAUGCAAGAAAUUAUUUUAAAAUUUUUGAAAUGACUUAGUGUCCUCAUAUUUUCAUUAUUGGUCUUUGACCAAAUUAUAGGUGAAAGCAAUUCCAAACAUAAAUACGUUGAAAGAACUACUUCUAAACACCUGCCAAAAGUACAUUGCAACCAGUAAUUAAGUAGAAACCUGAAAUUUGUGCCAUCAGAGGUUGAAGUUUCAGUAUAACAAUGGAAUAAUCAUUUGUAGAGAAGGUAAUGUAACCAUGAUUUUCAUUCAACUGGAGUCGAAAUUACUUAAAAAAUGAGUAAAUCAGUGAUCCUUAGGAAAACAGUGCCUACAGGAACCGAUGGUAAUAUAAUAAGGCUUAUAGCUAGAGCCUUUUCUUGAUUGUGACAACCAUGGGAUGAUAAAUUAAUUUAGCAAGUGAGAGAUAGAAAUCAGAUUUGAAAUUGGGAAUCCAAUUAUUUCUAACCCUUUGUAAUCCUGCCACUAGUUCUCCAUAAAGUGUCUUCCUUUCCAGGGUGUAAAUAUUUGUUUUAUGCUUUAUGCGAUGGCUCAUUAUUUAAUAGCAUAAAAUAAUUAACAGGAGUCUUCUUGGCUUUUGCAUUUAUUGGUCCUCAUAUAAUGGUCUUCUGUUUCAACUGAAUGAAAUUCUGCCACUGAUGCUGUUUUUUGUAAGGGCACACAGUUUGUGCUGAACAAUGAAUAUUGAGAUUCCUGGCCACAUGUAACCAUUAACAAAUGACAAGGCGUCUUUAAAGCCGGUUCGGUUAAAAUAACAAUUGCUCCAAAAC